CCGAGAACUCUCUACUCUUUGACCUUUCCAUCCUUCAACAUUUCAUAUCUCAAUCAGAUUUUGCGACUCGCCUGCGACAAAGGCCCCGCCGAAUGGCGCAUCAAGGGCACCCGGUGGCUUCCAAGAGUUAAAACGCACUUUCACUUAGAGUCGCAGGCCCAUUGCAAUUGUAUCAUAUCUUCCAGAAUGGCGAGUCUCUCGCAUAGACGGUCCGCCGAGGCAGCCACUGAGACCGCUGGUCCGUCGCGACUCGUAAAUCGGCUCUCCGAAAGCCGGUCUCCAUACGUUCGUGGACACAUGAACAACCCGGUGGCCUGGCAAUUAUGGGAUUCAGCCGCCAUUAACCUCGCGAAGAGACUUAACCGCCUGAUCUUCCUAAGCAUCGGCUACUCUGCCUGCCAUUGGUGUCAUGUAAUGGAAAAAGAGUCAUUUAUGUCACCGGAAGUUGCUGCCAUUCUGAACAAGUCCUUCGUUCCCAUCAAGCUUGACCGAGAAGAGCGACCCGACAUCGAUGAGGUGUAUAUGAACUAUGUCCAGGCCAUCACAGGCUCCGGCGGAUGGCCUUUAAAUGUUUUUCUAACUCCAGAUCUUGAACCUGUCUUCGGCGGAACAUACUGGCCAGGACCAUACAGCAGUUCAAUGCCUAGAGUCGGCGGCGAGGAACCCAUAACCUUCAUUGAUAUCUUGGAAAAGCUCAGAGACGUCUGGAACAGCCAGCAACUCAGAUGUAUGGAAAGUGCGAAAGAAAUCACAAGGCAGCUUCGAGAAUUUGCGGAAGAGGGUACCCACCUACGCCGACCAGAAACUGAAAGCGAGGAGGAUCUCGAGUUGGAGCUUUUGGAAGAAGCCCACCAGCACUUCGUCUCUCGUUAUGACCCAAUCAACGGUGGCUUUUCGAGAGCGCCGAAGUUCCCGACCCCUGCAAAUUUGAGCUUCUUGCUGCGUCUGGGAAGAUACCCUGAUGUUGUCAUGGAUAUCGUCGGCCGAGAAGAAUGUGCCCGCGCUACUGAAAUGGUAUCUAAAACUCUUUUGCAAAUGGCCCGAGGAGGUAUACACGAUCAAAUUGGCCAUGGAUUCGCUCGAUACAGCGUUACUCCUGAUUGGAGCCUACCGCAUUUCGAGAAGAUGCUCUAUGACCAGGCCCAACUGCUGGAUGUCUAUGUUGACUGUUUCGAAAUCACGCAAGAACCUAAGCUACUGGAAGCAGUCUAUGAUAUUAUUGCAUAUAUAACCAGCCCGCCGAUUCUAUCCCCUGAAGGUGCUUUCCACUCCUCCGAGGAUGCGGAUAGUUUUCCAAACUCGAACGAUACCGAAAAGCGUGAAGGGGCAUUUUAUGUGUGGACACUCAAAGAAAUGCAACAGAUAUUAGGCCAACGAGAUGCAGAGGUUUGUGCACGCCAUUGGGGCGUACUUCCAGAUGGAAAUGUUGCGCGGGGCAAUGAUCCUCACGAUGAAUUCAUAAAUCAGAAUGUGCUGUGUAUCCGAGCGUCUCCUCGCAAAAUUGCAAAAGAUUUUGGUUUGAGUGAAGAUGAAGUCGUCCGUGUAAUCAAGUCGUCUAGGAAGAAGCUUCAGGAAUUCAGAGACGAACACAGGGUCCGACCGGAUCUAGAUGAUAAAAUCAUUGUUUCCUGGAACGGCCUCGCUAUUGGUGCCCUUGCUAAAUGCAGUCUGCUUCUCGAUAAAAUCGAUGCCGAAAGGGCGACGCAUUGUCGGCGAGUCGCUGAAAAGGCAGCCAAAUUCAUCAGGGAAAAUCUAUUCGACGCGGAAACUGGCCAGCUUUGGCGCGUUUACCGUGACGGGAGAAGAGGAGAAACCCCUGGUUUUGGCGAUGAUUAUGCAUAUCUCGCUUCUGGGUUGAUAAGUCUAUACGAAGCCACUUUCGACGAUAGCUAUUUGCAGUUCGCCGAAAACCUCCAACAAUACCUGAAUAGGUAUUUCCUUGCUACGGCUUCUGACGGAACCACACCAGCGGGUUACUAUAUGACCCCGCAGAAUAUGCCUGAAGACGUUCCAGGUCCGUUGUUCCGACUCAAAACGGGUACAGAUGCAGCGACGCCGUCGACAAACGGAGUGAUUGCACAGAAUCUCCUUCGUCUUGCAUCAUUGCUGGAAGACGACUCAUACAAAGCCCUUGCAAGGCACACGUGUAGCGCCUUCGCCGCUGAAAUGUUACAACACCCUUUCCUUUUCGUGGGUCUAUUGGAUGUAGUUGUGGGCCUGGAAGUGGGCGUGAAAAGCGUGAUCGGCGUUCUUGGGCACGACACCACAGCGGUUAGAUCUAGCGAGGGUCCCCGCAUGGCGGUGGAGGGUCAAGAAAGUGCCAGAGGAGUAUUUGAUAGCCCAACUGCGGCCUCUGUGAUUCGGAAAAUGCGCGACGAGGCCGGUUCUGCGAUCUCCACUAGCACGGCUGUACUUGCACUUGUUGACGUACGCACGGGCGACGCUGACCAACACGGGGCCGUGGGUUUGUCUGCGUGGCUGGGAAAGCGGAACACUUUGCUUAAAGAUCUCCGGCCUGGGAAAAAUUUCUUGUUGGUGUGUGAGACGGGUGCGUGUCGCACGAUUGAUUUGCCUGCGGCGCUAUGAGAAAGCUACAUACAAGGGGCCCUGGGAGUAGAUAUCGGUUCCUUGAGAAGAGCUUGUAUUCCCGGAAUGCAGUGGAGAGAGUGAUAAAGUACAGCGCCUCGUACAUACGAUUGCUUGACACCUCUAGUUUAAUGGUGUAGAUAUUGUGUACGCUGGAAUUGAGCGGAAGUAAAAUGACUUUUAGUGCGCG